GGCGGAAAGCUGUGGAAGCGAUGGGUUUGCUUUUGGAGAUACGAACGGCAGCUUUUGCAGAGGAAAUGCUGUUUCAUCAGGGAAAUGCAUAAACAUUUUGAAGAAGCAUGGCAAAAUCAAAAACAAAAUACAGAGUUUGUUCUCAAGAGUCUUCAAUAUCUUCUCUCCUGGCAAGCUGCAGCCUAAGUAGUAGCAAUUCCUCUAACUCUGUUGGCUCUUUUCACUAUAAGGAUAAACUGUACAGUUCUGCUUCUCAGGCUCUACAGGCCUAUAUUGAUGAUUUUGAUCUAAGCCAGGUGUAUCCUAGUGCAAGCACUGGAAAAAUUAGCAUUGAUAAAGGUGCUGCUAAUAUUCCACACUUCUCCAGUUAUAUUUCUAAACCAAGCAAUGCUUUUGAUCACAAAGAGCACUCACACUUCGUGUCCUAUAAAAGAGAGCCUAUUAAUGACGUAGACUCCGUUAGCCUAACAACUGAUGAUCUGUUAAGACUUCCAGCAGAUGGAUCAUUUUCUUUCACUUGUGUUGGACCAGGUCACCGAACAAGAAAGAAAAACAAGAAAUCCAUUAGAAGAUCAGAUUCAUUGGACGUUGAAAAGAAUCCAGAUUUUCGAGAGACCUUCACCUCCAUGGGCACAAAUAAUUUAGUUACUCCAGUUGAAUACACAAAUAGAAAACGAUGUGGUAGGCUAAAAAACCCAAAACUUACAAAUAAGACUAAUAAAUGUGUUUUUGACUCAUCUUUAUCUUUUUCUAAAGAAUCUUUCAAGGACGGUUCAGAAGAUGGUCUUGAAAAGAAUUAUCCAAGAUGGCUCACUAGCCAGAAAUCUGAUCUUAAUGUGUCAGGGAUAACUAGUAUUCCUGAUUUUAAAUAUCCAGUCUGGCUCCACAAUCAAGACUUGUUACCUGAUACAAGAAGUAAAAAGGUUUCUAAAGAAAAGCAUUGUUCCCCCAGACAUAGUUAUCUGGCUCAAAGAACUCAACAUAUGAAUAAAGCAGAUUGUUUGGAAUGCCCUUUGGAACCCUCGAAUUUUUCAAAUUCCUUAUGUGAUGAUGAAAGACUUGUUAAUGACUACAAAUAUGACUCUGAACAUAGUCAGUGUAAAUGUCAAAAUCCACUUCUUCCAGGACAAUCCAAAAAUCCAUUCAGUGGUGACAAAAUUGAAUUGCUUAUCCUGAAGGCCAAGAGAAAUUUAGAACAGUGUCCUGAAGAAUUACCAAGAUCUGUGAAAAAGGAUGAUAGUCCAUGCUCAUUAGAUAAACUUGAAGCAGAAAGAUCAUGGGAAAAUAUUCCUGUUACUUUCAAAUCUCCUGUUCCUGUUAAUUCUGAUGAUAAUCCUCAACAGACUUCAAGGGUGAAGUGUACUAAAGAGGUUCUUGAAGACUUUUUGAAUGAUGAGAGCUCUACCCUUUCAGGAGGCAAACAUCAUGGUCCUGUUGAAGCCUUAAAACAAAUGUUAUUUAAUCUUCAAGCUCUACAAGAAAGUUUUAAUCAGAACAGAAUUAUAGAACCAAAAGAAGAGAUUAAGCAAGUUUCAGAAGAUGAUUUCUCUAAAUUGGAAUUGAAGGCAAAUAUGAUUCCUAUUACUAGGUCCCUUCAAAAGGCCUUGCAUCAUUUAUCUCGCCUGAGAGAUCUGGUUGAUGAUACCAGUGGACAACAGUGACUGAAAAUGUGAAAAAUGUGAAGAGGAAAGUAAAACUGUCACCACAAUAACAACAGAACAAACACGUAUUGUUUUCUAUUACUUAAACUGAACAAAGUAAAUAUAAGCCAUAUAUUAUUCUAUGAUCAGUUCAGCUUUUUUUCUGAAAAACUAAACUUGACAAUGACCAUCGGUUUUGUGAUCUAACCUCAUUUUGUGCUGAAAAAUGGAAUGUAUUCUGAAGUCUGUCUUCAAAUGUUUAAGGAUAAAUCAUUUCUGUUUUUAAUGUUUACUUGAUCUUAGCCUUCUGUAGUAUCAUUUUAUCAUUUGAUUCUAGAAUACUAAGUUUCCUAGUUUCUAUCUCUAAUCUCUUCUGUGGACCUUUUCUAUUUUUUAAACAAAAUUAGCAUGCAGUUUUAAGCUUUAAAGAAAUACCAAAGUUUUAUAAUAUAUUUAAUAUGGGAGUCUGUUACUUUUAAAUUUCAGAAACUAAAUAUUAAAGAUAUAUUGUAUUUGUAAAUGACAUCAGUUUAACAGUGAUACAGUGCUAAAAGAAAUGUUCUUUAAGACUGUGGCAUCCAGCAGAAUCUCUGCAUUUAAUUCUUUGAUUCUAUAUAAGGUAAUAUUGAUAAUACAUGACAUUUUAUGAAUCAUAAAAUGAAGGGGAGCUACCUGAGUAUUUAAUGUUAGAUUAUUUUCCAGGUUUUGGUUUUGGAGUUAGCUGCAGCUAUUAAAAAUAAUGAUGCAAUUGUCAAUUGCUUUCUGUAAUUUGAAACUACACUUAAAAUGAGUGUGGAAACAGAAAGGAACACUGUUUAAAGCUUUGUUUUAAGAGUUGAUGUUUUAUAGCCUUCUGUAGUUUUCACAGUUUAUCUGUAGCUAGAAGGUAGGAGAGCUCUAUAAUUUUGCAGUUUCACCAGACAGUGUUUCCAUUAAGUUGGAAGCAUGUUUACCAAAACUAAAAAUUAAGUCAUCAAGCAUAACAAACAUAUUUUAAAAGCCUGAUGAAAUUAAAGACUAUCUAUCUGUAUAUGUAAAUACUACACAUUAGCACUUUACCCAAAUGGCACCAUCUUUGCUAAGUAGAUUACUGCUAAAUAGGAAUUUAUAGGCACAUAGUCAGAUAAUUUAUUUUCCAAAUUAUUGAGAGGGAUUAACAAAUACCUUUGUUAUAGAAUUGACAUGUCCAACACUACAGAGUGAACCCUGCCGGUUUUCCUCCCUUGUGAAUUUCUCAUCAUAUUUGACUGAUUUGAGAGGCACUUACUGAUAGGUUUUUAUUUACCUGUGAAAAUCUUUUUUUGCCAUUUACAUGUUCUUUAAUGAUUAUGAUCUCCUGCAUGGCAAAUAGCUUAUGGAGAAAUUACUUCAAAGAUCAAAGAAGUACUGAUUUUUUAAAAUGUAGAUUUAAUUUUAUAAACAUUGGGCGGGUCAUUUUUCAGGCCUGGUGAAAUGUAUUAGACAAACUAAAAAAUGCAGAGAUGAUGGAAGAAUAACUUCUAAUUCUAUGUUGAAGGUUGGGUGUAUACCCAUAAUCCCAGCAUUCAGAAGGCUGAGGCAAGAAGAUCACUGCGAGUUCAAGGCCAGCCUGCGCUACAAAGUGAGUUGAAGGCCAGCCUGAACUGCAUAGUGAAACAUUGUCUCAAAAAGACCACCGAAAAAAAUCCGUAUUAAUAAUAUGCUGACAUACAUAACAUAUACGAUGCCUAGAAAGUACCUCUAAAAAGAGCAUUCUGUAAUGACUGAAUAAUACUGAUUUUGUUGGUACCCCUAUUUAUAAGAACAUAUCUCCAAUACUGAACAGGAGGUGUCCUAAAAUUUUAUGUUACAAAUGAUAUUUUAAGGAACUUUAUUAUGUGUACUAAAUAUUUGUUUUUGUUUUUUAUAAAUAUGGAAAGGUUUAAUCUUUUACCUAAAAAAAUUAAUUUUAUCAAAAUUAUUAUUCCCAACCUUCUUAAAUAUAUUAGAGUCAGUGAAUCUCAAAUCAAACUGUCUAAAUGAUAAAUGUUCAAGAAGUUAAGACUUGAUUUAAUUACAUCCUUAAUCAUGUGAGUUUUCAUUUUUAUUUUUAGAUUUCUGGGGGAAAAGAGGGGACAUCAGUAUGGAGACUGCUAUGUUGAGAGUUUAAAGCAAAUAAAGAGAAGAUCAGAUUUUAAAGAUUGCAUUUUGAGUGUAAAAUUUUAUCUUACUCUUUUAGGUAUAUGGAAAAAAUACUUAACAUCUUCAAGUUUUUCAGUUGAGUAUGAAGAAAAUUAAUAAAGCUUGAUUCCAAAAAUUGUUUGGGCUUAGGGACCAAUGUGUAGAGAGUAAAGACUGAAAUGACUUUUCUAUCAAUACAAAUUCUACUUUUCAGGUUUUUUUUUGUGUGUGUUCAGCAUCAUAGAGAUACCUCACCAAAUUGAGGGACCAUUUUCUUGGGUUUAAUUUAGGUGUAGUUGUUUUAUUCCUUGUGAAAAUUUAUGAAUGUGUGUGUGGUUUUUUUUUGUAUUUUGUGUUUAAUGCUGUAUAUGAUAACGUUUUGUUAAAUUAUAUGUAGUUACACAAAAAUGUCACCUAAACAUCAAGGUGAUUCCUUGGUUUUUCCUGUUUGAAUACAUGGAAUUCCUUUAACAGA